AUAUCAGUCGUUCGGGAUGGCUUGCGAUUCUCGUUGAUUGUUGUGCAGCAGCCCGUCCGAGCGCGCAUGUGUGGCUUUGGUGACAAGGACCGCAGACCCAUCACUCCCCCACCAUGCGUGCGGCUCGUCGUUACCGACGAACAGACACAACAGGAGGUCCCUGCCGAUCAACUAGACGCCAGCUUCUUCAUCCUCCAGGUUGAUCUGUGGGACGAACAUGGUCAGGUUGAGAAGAACAUCGUCAAAGCAGCCACAAACUCUCCUGCUACAUCCAUCUCGACCGCCACAACCACCUCAUAUCCUCCGCCGCCGGAGCGUCCGGCUCUCUAUGCUCCCCAAGUGCCAUAUGCUGAUCCUCGCACUGGUCAAUUCGCUGGUUACGGCCCUGCACCCAACUACCCUCCUGGACCCUGGGGCUACCCACAACCACAUAUGCCAAUGUACAUGCAAGGUGCUCCUCCCCCUGCUGGCCACUAUGCACAACCUCCCAUGCCUCCCGGCUACGCACAGUAUCCUGGUUCCCAGCCACAAAUGUAUUCUCCAGCCCAAUACCAACCUCCCAUGCCUCAGCAACAGCAAAGCAGCGGAAUGUUUACCCGCAAUCUCAUCGGCAGCUUGACUGUGAAUGCCAAUCAGCUACGCGACCCUCACGGGAAGGAGGGACACUGGUUCGUCUUGCAAGACUUGUCUGUCCGUACCGAGGCCGUUUUCCGUCUCAAGAUGAGCUUCUUCGAUGUUGGUGCUGGAAGCGGUGACGGUGGCUCGAAGCUGUCCACUGGCAAACGCCCCGUCCUGGCUACCGUUUUCUCUGAGCCAUUCCAGGUCUUCUCGGCCAAGAAAUUCCCUGGUGUCAUUGAGAGUACCGAGCUCAGCAAAUGUUUUGCAGGCCAGGGUAUCAAGAUCCCCAUAAGAAAGGAUGGUGGUAAGCACGAGGGCAAGGACGAAGAC